AUGAGCAACCACCAGGAGCAGCUGAAGAUUGCUUCGUUUGUCUGUGAUGGCGAGGACAUGGUGCCAUUGACUGCUGAUAGCAAGAAUCUCCUUGCCCAGAAGAUCAAAGGGAAAGUAGCGGAGGCUGUCAACACGGGCACAGACAUUUGCAUGGCAGUGUUUGUCCGUCCAGGUGUUUUCAUUCCAACUGGAGAGAUGAUCUUUCUAGACGAUAUUCAUGCCACCAUCGUCUACUCGGAUGCCAGUGUUCUUGUGCUGUGCGCGGAUCAAGGAAAUCGCAUCGUGUCGGUGCAUUUUGUUGGCGCGUCGACUCCUUUCCGUAUCGCCCAUGCUGUCGAAGACGAAGCUGCUGUCGAAGACGAAGCCACUGGAAACGAGAACAGCUCAAGCAACGAGGACUCGGUUGCGUCUCUUCCUCGCAAUCGCAACCGUGGUGGUGCUCGCAACCGUGGUGGUGCUGGUGCUCGCAACCGUGGUGGUGCUGGUGCUCGCAACCGCGACCGUGCUGAUUCUUCCUCUGAUUCUUCCUCUCUUGGUGAGGAAUUUCCCGGCCUCAGCCAGCUCCACCUCUGA